GCAGACAGCAAGAAAGAGAAUGGGAAGCCUGGCUCAGUGGGGACAGACAGUCAGAAGGCAUCACCGCAACCCACCACACCCCAGCAUCCAUCUUCAGGGGGAACAACCCCGGCUACUAUGAUGUCUUCUCAGCAUGGAAUGGUUUCCUCCCUUGAGCCGCCCUUCAUGCAGCAGCAGAGUGAGAUUUUUGUGUUCUCCACCAGCUUGGCCAAUCAGGCAGCAGAGAGUGUCAGGCAUGGCCAUUUCAAAAGCAUUGUCCAGUUUCACAUGGAGCAACCAAAUACAAAGGCAUUUUUACAGGUAAUAGAAGUUAUUGUCAACUAGUUGUACAGUGUUGUUUUAUAGAGCUCUUUGGGUUUUUUUGGUGGCACAUCACUUAAAAUUUAUAAAAUAGAAAAUGUAAGCCACCAUUAUGAUGUCUUUAUUUCAAUCUUCCUAGGACCUUAAAAUUUUGUAUCCUUUUUAAUUCUGUUAUUGUAAUUCAUUACUAAUUUAGUAGUUUGAUAACUAAUCAAAGUUGGUGUUAGCAAACUACUUAAAUAAUCAUUAAUCAAAGUUGUCAUGUUGCAAUCAGCUUUCCUGCUUAUAAAGAUCGUUUAUUCUCAACCACCUAACAUUAAAACAAUUCUUUUUUUUUUUUUUCCUUUUUUUUUUUGAAGUUGUAAAAAGCUGUAAUAAAAAGUAAUAAAAAGCUUUAAGAUAAUGAUAUCCUCAGAGCUCUGCAGACUCUUUGGUUAUCCUGUGAAUAAGCUUGACAUUACCAACUGUUAUUAAUAUGGAACAAUAUAGCGUACACCAUAAUACAUAAUUCUGAUAUUGGCAAUUUUGUUGUUUUCAGAAAAAUCCCCUGAAGGCCAACAGCUUUCGGCACGGCAUGCCACCUAACAUGAUGGGGUUAAUGAAAGGUCAACCUGGGCCCGGAAUGAUGCGCAUGCAUGGUCCAAUGGCACCAAGUUGGGGCCCGCAGAUGCCUCCUGGACCAGGGAUGGAAGACCCGAACAUGAUGGGCCCCGGUGGCAUGAUGCCUAAUGGACCUUAUCAACCUGGGGGCCCGGGUCCCAGAAUGAUGGGUGGGUGGCCAGGUCAGGGCUGUGGCGGACCCCACCCACACAGCCAUGGUCCAAUGGGCCCAGGGGGCUAUGGGCCGGGGAGCAUGAUGGACAUGGAGAAUGAGAUGAUGAUGGGGGGGCAUCUCAACCCCAACAUAUCGUCCAGCCAGGUGCCGGACGAGAACUUAACGCUGGAACAAAGACAGCACAGGAACAAAGGCCUGGCACAGCUCACCAAGAUUCACCAGAUGUUGAUGGGGGUCAACGGUCAGCAUGAUGGAAGUCAGCAGCCGAUGGGCCCCGACGGCCACCCGGGUGGGCCUGGAAUGGGGCAUCCCGGUGGCCCCGGAAUGUAUCACGGCCCCGGUAUGAUGUCAUCGCAACAGCAGGCCAUGAUGUCCCAACAGCAGGCCAUGAUGUCACAAGGUGGCAUGAUGCACCCGCAUGGCAUGAUGUCACCGCAACACCAGCACAUGAUGGCUCAGCAGGGGAUGUCCCCUUAUGGUCCCAGGGGUCCUCCUGGAAUGGGUCCCCAUGGCAUGAAUGGGAAGGAGCAGGUGGGCUUAGAUUUUGCUUUAGCAAUUAUUUAUUUUUAAAUUAACGAUUCUUGAAUAGGAUUGUUGGUAGCCAAUGAAAGUGUUUAUUUUGAAUAUGCGCAAGUAGAAUUAACGGCUUAUUUUAUUCUUCCCCCAAAAUCAAAGAAGCUUAUCAAGGUGAUUUUUAAUAAGAUCCUUAGAUUUAUUUUGUUUUUGCACCAAUCAGUAGCUUGAAAUAGCAAUUCAAGUUACCCAGUGGGUCUGGAAUAGUUGUUUGAAAGUGAUGAGAAAUAAUAUUACCAGACCUGUUUACUCUUACGAUUUUGGCGUACAAUGUACAAUUUUGAAGUGUGUACAAGAUAUAUACUUUAUGUUUAUUUUUUACUAUAAAUAUAAGGUAUUGAACGAUUUUAUGAUGAUAUUGUACGAUUUUAAGAGUUUGAGGGUAAACAAGUCUGUAUUACUAUUAUUCAGCUUUUGAAAAAAUAAUUACUGUGUGGCCUGUAUUUUAGACUGGAAAGAUAAGCUAUAAAAGAUAUCAAGGUUUCUCAUUCCAACCACGAGGAACAAUUGAAAUUGUUGAGACUUGAACUAAAGCCUUUGAGAAUUCUAAGAACCAUAUUGUUUUUUUUGUUUUUUUUUAUUUGUUUACCUUUUUAUUAAUUGUAUUCAAACCAACAAAGCUUUAACAUAUGUAAUUAUUUAUUCAUCUUUUCUUCCCAGUAUCAAGCUCAGCAAGAUUGGUUUCAAAUACAGCGAGAGUAUUAUAUGGAGAAGCAACACAGAAUCCAACAUAUGGCAGCAAACAGGGGUUCUCACAUGGAGCCAGGACCGCCCCCAUCGUAUUACUCAUCCAUAUCACAGAAGCAUGGUGGGAUGGGUCCAACGUCUCCCAACAUGAAUGGAAUGAGAAUGUCCAUGCCUCCCCAUGGACCUCACGGCCCCAUGACACCAGGAAUGGACCCAGACAGCAUGGGGAUGUACGGAGGCCCCCCUGACAUGUGUCGUCCACCUCACAUGGGAAUGGAGCCCAUGCCACCUGGGAUGCACGGGUACCCACCGCACGGUAUGCCAUCACAGGGCCCCAUGGAUCCAGGAUUUGAUCCCACAAUGGCUGGUGGCAUGCCUCCUGUCAUGGGGCCAGGCCCGCCCGGCCCCAGCGGCCCCCGACACGGCCCCAUGCGGCAAUCCCUCAUGAUGGGACCCAAUGGAAUGAUGCCUGGCAUGAAGGGUCCCAACCAAGUGACUUUACACAGGGCCGGAGCCCCUGAACAGUUUAAUCCAGAAACAAUGGGAGGAGUUGUCCCUCCUGUGACAGCUACAUCAGGAACUAACAACAGCAGCAAACCGCCGCCCAGCUAUGCACAGGCUCAGAAACGGAAACGUGGUGAUGAUAUGGACGACUCUUACACCAAGGGAAACCUCCAGCAGACGCCGUCACCCACCAAGAUUCAAUACAACUUAAGCCAAUUCGAGGGCCAGGAGCUGACUAUCACCAAACAGCUCAACUCUGCAUUUGUUGCUGGAAACGGGGGCGAUGAAUCAAAUAGCACAGGUCCCGGUUUAGGUGGCGGUCCUAUUGGGACUAACCCUUCAGGGGGACAUUUCAACAGUCACACACACUCUCCGCUUCAUGGACCUGGUUCCAACAAGGGACCUCACUCCAACUCCAGCCAAACGUCACUGCACAUGGCCAACUCCCCCGCCGUGUCCACGGCAGGACCUUCACCCCACCAAGGCCCGGCAACACCCCAUUCAUCCUCCACGUCAAACCCUGGGGCCACCAUGAGACUGUCCCACUUUGACCCGACGCCGCUCAGCAAUGGGGUCGGCAGUGCCCCUCACACCCCAAAUCCCAAAUCUUCGUCAUCGAUGUCAAACAUCACCUCCGCCAGCCUGGCCAAUCUAGCCAAAGGGGUAGAGAACUUGUCCAAUCAGAUGCAGCAGAACAUGAUGCAGGGUGGACCUUUCCAUAGUAUACAGGUUCAAGGUCAAAUGACCAGCAGCAACACAGUCGGCGCAAACAACUCCAGCAACGGCCCCGGCUCCAAUGGCGGAUCAUCGUCGUCAUCUGCCACUGCAACAACAUCUUCGUCAUCCUCGUCUCAUCCCGGACCCCCCGUCACAUGUCAGUCAUCAACUGCGCCGAGUGUCAACAACACGUACAUUGCCACGAACAUGUCCAUUUCACAGGUCAAUGUCCCCAACCAUCCAUCGAUGAACAGUUAUGUCAACAUGCAGAUGCAGAGCAUGAACACAGAGCCAUCUCACUUGAACAUGCCCCCUUGCAGCAUGCAGCAUGGAAUGGGCCCCAACAUGAUGGGUUCGGGGCCCAGACCCGGCAUGACUCACCAUAUGGCCCAGUCUCAGGGCAUGAUGACCUCCAUGGGCCCCAUGCCGGGUGGGCCCAGUCCGGGCAUGGGUCCUGGUCCUCCCUUAUCUUCAGGACCUCUUUCAGCAGGGAUUAACCCCAGUGGACCUAUGCCUCCGCAUCGGCCCAGCUCGUCAUCCAGCAUGCCUCCAACACCGCCCACCAUGUCCAAAAGUGGUCAGUUCACCAGUCCACCCCUCUCACAUCCACAGAUGAGUGGGUCUGGCCCACCUUCAAUGUCUGGUGUCACAUCUCCAUCUUUCCCCAUUACUUCCAGUUCAAACUCAAGUGUCCAAAUCCAACAGAAAGGCCAUAACACCAUCCAGUACCUGCCUGCCAACCCACCAUCGUCUCAGCCGUCUGGAGCUAAACAAAGGCCGGAUAUGGAUUAUAGCAUGCCUCAGUUCCCAUCACCACUGCAGAACAUGGAUGGCAAAAAUCCAUCAUCCACAUUACAGUACUUUCCCAAUUCUUCUCCCACAGGUCACAGGCCCCCC